GGUCAGGGCGGGGAAGUCGCCGCCCGAAGAUGGCGGCCGCGGCGGGGCCACACGCCGGGGCUGCGGCGGAGGCGCGGUUCAUCAGCAGCGCCAAGGGAAAGGGCUUGUUCGCCACCAAAAACAUCCGCAAAGGGGAGACAGUGUUCGUGGAGAGGCCGGUGGUGUCAUCCCAGUUCCUCUGGAAUGCUCUGUACAACUACCGAGCCUGUGAUCACUGCCUGCGGGCCCUGGAGACGGCGGAGGAGAACGCCCAGCGCCUGCUGGGGAGGAGCUCGCUGGUGCUGCCUCACCCGGAGCAGUGCAGCAUCCGCAAGGACCUGCACCAGCAGUGUCCCCGCUGCCAGGUGACGUACUGCAGUGCAGAAUGCAGGCAGGCAGCUCUGGAGCAGUACCACCAGGUCCUGUGCCUCGGCCCGUCCCGGGACGACCCCACGCACCCCCUCAACAAGCUGCAGGAGGCAUGGAGAAACAUGCAUUACCCCCCAGAGACCUCCAGCAUCAUGCUGAUGGCCAGGAUGGUUGCCACCAUCAAACAGGCUAAAGACAAGGAGUGGUGGAUCAAGGCCUUCUCCCAGUUCUGCAGCAAGACAGCAAAUGAAGAAGAGGAGAUUGUGCACAAGCUGCUGGGGGACAAAUUUAAGGGCCAGCUGGAGCUGCUGCGCCUGCUCUUCACCGAAGCCCUUUAUGACGAGUAUCUCAGCAGGUGGUUCACUCCAGAAGGCUUUCGGUCCCUCUUUGCCCUCGUGGGGACCAAUGGCCAAGGCAUAGGAACCAGCUCCCUGAGCCAGUGGGUGCACGCGUGCGAUGCUCUGGACCUGCCCAUGCUGCAGCGGGAGGAGCUGGAUGCUUUCAUUGACCAGCUCUACAAGGACAUUGAGAAGGAGUCAGGAGAGUUCCUCAACUGCGAGGGAUCAGGGCUCUACGUGCUGCAGAGCUGCUGUAACCACAGCUGCAUCCCCAAUGCUGAGACAUCCUUCCCAGAAAACAACUUCCUCCUGCAUCUCACUGCUCUGGAGGACAUUGAAGCAGGAGAGGAAAUCUGCAUCAGUUACUUGGACUGCUGUCAGAGGGAGCGGAGCAGACACAGCCGCAACAAGAUACUCAGGGAGAACUACUUGUUUACCUGCUCGUGUCCCAAGUGCCUGGCACAAGCCGACGACGCCGACGUGACGUCGGACGAGGAGGAGGAGGGCGAGGGAGAGACGGACGAUGCGGAGCUGGAGGAUGAGAUGACUGAUGUGUGAUCCUGGCCCUGGGCAGGAGGAGAGGGAAGGGAUGGCUUGGCAAGGGAAGGGCCUGGAGGUUCCUCCAAGAGGCAGCAGCUUUACUACUAGAACAGGGUUGUGUUGUGGGGUCGGGUGGGUGCCGGAGGCAGGCCCUGCUCCCGCCUGUCCGUGUUGUCCCUGUGUGUGUGUGUGUGUGUGUGAGAGGCUGGCCCUGUCCUCCCUGUGAGGACAAGCUGGGAGCCAGUGGCCCUCCACCACAUCCCAGUUCCCUGCAGGGCUGGCUGGUGCUUGCAGGGGACACUGGAGGACAGUGGGACCCAGCCAGCCCCUGGGACAGCACUGUGAGCUCGCUGUGCUGUGUCUGUGCAGGAUGCCAGCCCUGGGACAGCACUGUGAGCUCGCUGUGCUGUGUCUGUGCAGGAUGCC